AUGGCUAGUCAGAGUAACGACGACACAUACCAAGUCAUGCUGGCUCCUCCCGGUGAUGGGGAGUCGGCAGGAGAGGUCCCGUCCAGGUCCUCCCUGCACCUCAAUUUGGAUUCCAGGAAUUUGGAGAGGCAUGAGGAUCCAGCCGUGAGCCGAGAUCCAGGCCCCCAAGACAACCCACAGCCACCGGCCCCAAACCACGGUGCCUACAACGUGGGAGAAAACAUUUUCGGGCUCUCCUUCCCAAGAAGGCUCUGGAGGAUCGUGGAGGACAACACCUUCACGUCCGUGUGCUGGAAUGAAGACGGCGACACUGUGAUCAUCGAUGAAGACCUUUUCCAGAGGGAGAUUCUCCACCGGAGGGGCCCAGAGAGAAUCUUUGAAACUGACAGCUUGAAGGGGUUCAUCCGCCUAAUGAACCUGUACGGGUUCAGCAAAAUACGCCCAAACAACCCUUCGGUUCAUGCCCCAGGGAACAGGAAAACGAUGCUCUACCGCAACUCCCGCUUUCAGCGAGACAGGCCAGGGCUGCUGGAGAAUAUCCAGAGAAAAAGUGACCUGAGAACUGUCACCGGGUGGCCAGGGAGCGCCGCAACACCGUCAAAGAGAAAGAAGCCCGUAGUACCUACAAGACGGUCCCCACGAAUCCAUCACAAGGAAUCCACCAAGGAGGACAAGGCGGCCCCCAAAGAAGGCCCAAAUGUUCCGGGACCCAGUGGCACCGGGUCCUUUACCUUCUCUGGUAUCUGGUCCCUGAGCAGCGCGGUGGGGUAUGACACGGAGAAUCCUGCCUCCAGGGAGCAGGGCGGCCCAUGUGGGGAGGGCACCUCCGGGAAUGACACAGUUGCGCCCCCGGCUACCACCGGAAGGGAGGGUGCGGGGGAGCUGCCCACCGCCCCCGCACUCUACCCAGAUUACGGGUCAGUGAUGUCGCUGUACAACACCUGCUAUUCCAUCCUGCUGGCUGCCCUUUCGGUCAUGUCCCCAGACGAGGUCCCCAGUGAGAACGAGAACGAGGAGGAGGAGGGCUCCUCAGAUUACAGGUGUGCCCUCUGUGAACAUUUCAAGGACAAUCCAGGUCCCUAA